CUGCAACCAUCUGCAGCUUUGCUUCUCCUGCUAUAAAAAUAGCGCCUUCCUCUCUCCCUAGCUCUCCAUCGAUCGGCUUCAGUUUCUGAAUUUGUUAGGUAGUUUCGAGUGUUCUGCAGAAAGGUAGAGGAGGAGGAGGUGGAGUAGCUAAGCCAUGGAUUACUGCAAGGAGGGAGACGACCGCCGCGCCGGCGCCGGCGCCGGCGACGACGGCGACGUGACGGAGUGGAAGAAGGUGGCCGAGCUGAGGGCCGUCGUGGAAGCCCAGGACCCUGCAUGCAAGGAGGAGGACGACUACCAGCUGCGUCGGUUCCUGCGCGCGCGGGACCACAGCAUCGGCAAGGCGGCGGCGAUGCUGCUCAGGUACCUGCAGUGGAAGCGCGAGUUCAAGCCGGGCGGCCGCGCCAUCACCGACGGCGAGGUGCGCGGCGAGCUGGCGCAGGAGAAGCUCUACAUGCAGGGCUACGACCGGCAGGGGCGGCCGCUGGUGUACGGCUUCGGCGCCCGCCACUCCCCGGCCCGCCGCGACCUCGACGAGUUCAAGCGCUUCGUCGUCUACGUCCUCGACCGCACAUGCGCGCGCCUCCCCGCCGGCAACGGCGGGCAGGAGAAGUUCGCCGCCGUGGCCGACCUGCGCGGGUGGGGGUACUACGCCAACUGCGACAUCCGCGCCUACGUGGCGGCGCUGGAGAUCAUGCAGAACUACUACCCGGAGAGGCUGGGCAGGGUGUUCCUCAUCCAUGUCCCCUACGUCUUCAUGGCGGCCUGGAAGAUCGUCUACCCCUUCAUCGACGACAACACCAAGAAGAAGUUCGUCUUCGUCGCCGACAAGGACCUGCACGCCACGCUCCGGGACGCCAUCGACGACUCCAACCUCGCCGAGGAGUACGGCGGCAAGCUCAAGCUCCUCUCCCCCGCCAUUCUCUGAUCGAUCGAUCGAUCGAGUAGCUACUAGCUCAUCUUUCAGCUGAUAGAUAUAUCCAUGCAUCGUAGCACGUGUACGUACGUGCAUGUAUCAUGUAUGUAUACGCGUACAUGUACAUUUACGGCUCAGAACACUGAUCAUGAACAUGAUCGAUCGUACGUGCCUCAUGUUAUAAGAGAUCGAUUUGGACCA